AGAAGCCCAGCGGGGCGGGGCGGGCCCGCACGUCCGGGCCGGGCUGCGGCGGAGCGCGCCGGGCCAGCUCUGCAGAAGGCGGCGGCGGGCUCCCCUGGACGCUCCCCUCCCGCUGCCGGCGCAUCCCCCGCCGCACCCGGGACCCGGGCCCGGUUCCGGCCGCGCCGGCACCGCCCGGAGCCCCGCCGACAGGGACCGAGCGCCGGGAGCCCCGCAGCCCCGCGCCCUGCCCGCGGCUCCUGCCCGCGCCGGGAUGGGGUAGGGGCAGCGCCGCGGAGCCGGGCGAUGGGCCGCCCCCUGGGCACCGAGCAGCCCCCCGAGGCCUGACGGACCGCGAGGACCGGCGGAGGAGCCCCGCCUGCAUGUUCAGCGGAUGCCCGAGUGCCUCUCAGCCCGAUCGGUGGGGACCAUGGCCGCGCUCAUGCCCCUGUCCCCCUAUCUCAGCCCCACGGUCCUCCUGCUGGUCAGCUGCGACCUGGGCUUCGUGCGAGCAGACCGGCCUCCUUCCCCCGUGAAUGUGACAGUCACUCACCUCAGAGCCAACUCGGCCACCGUGUCCUGGGACGUCCCAGAAGGCAACAUCGUCAUCGGCUACUCCAUUUCCCAGCAGAGACAGAAUGGUCCCGGCCAGCGUGUCAUCCGGGAGGUGAACACAACCACGCGGGCCUGUGCCCUCUGGGGCCUGGCGGAAGACAGCGACUACACCGUGCAGGUCCGGAGCAUCGGCCUGCGGGGAGAGAGUCCCCCAGGGCCCCGGGUGCACUUCCGGACGCUCAAGGGUUCUGACAGGCUGCCCUCCAACAACUCGAGCCCAGGGGACAUCACAGUGGAGGGGCUGGAUGGAGAGCGGCCCCUACAGACGGGGGAGGUGGUUAUCAUCGUGGUGGUGCUGCUCAUGUGGGCUGCUGUCAUUGGGCUCUUCUGCCGCCAGUAUGACAUCAUCAAGGACAAUGACUCCAACAAUAAUCCCAAGGAGAAGGGGAAGGAGCAGAGUCCUCAAGGAAGGCCAGCCGGGACAAGACAGAAAAAGUCACCCUCCAUCAACACCAUUGACGUCUGAGUAAAGAAGCAGAACCCCAGGAGAGAGGCAGUCCCGACCUGGCUGGGGGCGGGAAGGGGAAUGGGGUUGGGACGAGGGAGAGCUUCCGGUGGUGAGCUGAUGGAGACACAAGGAUCCCCCAGAGAAUAACAUCGAACCCCUCAGGUCUGGCCCCCUCCUCUUUCCACUGUGAACAGGACCGUAAGGUAGGUCUGUUCGGGUCUGUGCCCUGGACCUGGGGAGUCCAAAACUGAUGGGCUACAUCUCCCCAUUCCCCAGGUCCAGGGGAGAGCCCCUUGUUCAACCCUGACCCAUGAGGUCCUAAUUGGGGGCCUCAUUUCCCCUGCAUCAGGCUCUCAGCAUCCCCAGCUGCCCCUACAUACAGCCUCUGGGCCUCAGAGAGGGGUAUUUUGGCGGGUACCCCUGCACCCCUACAGAAAAUGAAGGGAGUGGCCUGAGCCUGGAGGCAGAUACCGCCCUGCACUACUCCAAAGUCUUCCAUGGAGCCUCAGGUGCUCCCGCUCACCUGGCGGCCCCUCCAACUGCCUCUGAGCUCACCCCUUGGGCACUUUUCCAGUAAAGGUUCUUGGACAAACAGGAGCUAACCAUAGAACAUGCUGAAGACAUUCUCCCAGCGUCUCCCCCACUGCGCCUGGAGAGGAGCUGCAGCUCCUUUUGUGGUGUUGGAUUUAACUCUCCAGCUGGGGUGGGGGGCAGCGGAGGGUUUGGAAACUAGAGCCUUGGCUCCUAUUGCUUUGUGGGAGGAAAGAGGAGAAAAAGAGAGAGGAGUUCCUUCUGCACCCCAGGAAACAGGAGAGGGAGAAGUAACCAUUUUACCUUCACUACUCACAUCAGCAGCCCAGCUCCUCACUGUUUUUCCUCUGCAUAGACCUCCCCACACACUAACUCCCCCCCCCCCAGAAACCUAGGGCUAAUGGUGAAAAAUGGUGGCCCCUCGGUGCCACAUGCUCUAUCCUUUCUGUGCCUCUUUGCCCCUGCCCUCGCCUUCCCUUUUGUCUGUCUCUCUCUGAUUCUGUUCAUUCCAAGGCAAUAAUAAUUGUAAAGCAUAAAUAAAUUUGUAGUCACACUCUGCCACCAUAUCCAGAGGAUUCUAAAAAUAAAACUAAGAGAUUGUAA